UUACUCCCUGGUUGAAAUCAUCAUUAUACAUUCACAAUGGUUAGUUUAACAAACGUUUUAACUUCAACCAUAUUAUUUGCUUCAACAUUAGUUGCAGCUGAAACUCAUGUUUUCAACUGGACUACAGGUUAUGGUGAAAGAGAUUUAGAUGGUACUGGUAACAUGAGAAGAAUCAUUACAUGUAAUGGUGAAUUCCCAUGGCCAGAUGUUCAAGUGCAAAAAGGUGAUACUGUUCAAGUUUAUUUAACUAAUGGGUUUGAUGAUAAAAACACUUCAUUACAUUUCCAUGGUUUAUUCCAACCAGGAACUAAUCAAAUGGAUGGUCCUGAAAUGGUUACUCAAUGUCCAAUUGGUCCUGGUCAAACUUUCUUAUACAACUUUACCGUCACUGAACAACAUGGUUCUUAUUGGUAUCAUUCUCAUACAAGUGGUCAAUAUAUGGACGGUAUGAGAGGGUUAUUCAUCAUUCAUGACCCUGAUUAUCCUUAUAAACAAGGUAAAGAUUAUGAUCAAGAACUUGCAAUCACUUUAAAUGAAUGGUAUCAUAAAACUUCUUAUGAAUUAUUACCAACUUUCUUAAAUAAAUUCAAUCCAACAGGUGCUGAACCAAUUCCUCAAAAUUUCUUGAUGAACAAUACUAGAAAUGUUACAUGGGAAGUUCAACCAGAUACUACUUAUUUAGUUAGAUUGAUCAAUAUUGGUGGGUUUGUUUCAUAUUAUUUCUAUAUUGAAGAUCAUGAAUUGGAAGUUAUUGAAGUUGAUGGUGUUCCAGUGGAGAAAAACUCAACGAAUAUGAUUUAUAUUUCAGUUGCUCAACGUUAUACUUUCUUAUUAAGAACCAAAUCAGAUACUUCAAAGAACUAUGCCAUCAUGCAAUUAUGUGAUGUUGGUAUGUUGGAUCUUCAACCUGCUGAUUUGAUGGUUAAUGCUACAAACACUUUAUCUUAUUCUUCCAGCAAUGAAGAAGUUUCAGAAGUUACCAUUGAUGAUUAUGAUGAUCAUUUAGAUGAUUUUUACUUGACUCCAGUUAAUAAGACUGAAUUAUAUGAUGAACCAGAUUUAACUAUUACUUUGGAAGUUGUUAUGGAUAAUUUGAAGAAUGGUAUCAAUUACGCCUUUUUCAACAAUUUAACUUAUACUGCACCAAAAGUUCCAACUUUAAUGACUGUUUUAGCUGCUGGUGAUUUAGCUACAAAUGCUGAAAUCUAUGGUUCAAACACCCAUGCUUAUGUUUUAGGUAAAAAUGAUAUUGUGGAAAUUAUCAUCAACAAUAACGAUACUGGUAGACAUCCAUUCCAUUUACACGGUCAUGUUUUCCAAUUGAUUGAUAGAGAUACUUACUCAGGUACCGAAGAUGCCACUGAUAUUGUUCCAUACAAUGCUGAUGAUCAUCCAGAAUUCCCACAUUAUCCAAUGAUGAGAGAUACUGUCCAUGUUAAUGGUCAUUCAAACAUGGUUUUAAGAUUCAAAGCCGAUAACCCAGGUGUUUGGUUCUUCCAUUGUCAUGUUGACUGGCAUUUAGAGCAAGGUUUAGGUUUAAUCUUGAUUGAAAGUCCAGCAGAUAUUCAAAACAAUCCUUCUCAACAAUUAACUGAAAACCAUAAAGCAGUUUGUGAAAACUUGAACAUUAGUAUCAAUGCUAAUGCUGCUGCAAACACAAAUUUCUUGGACUUAACAGGUGAAAAUGUUCAAGCUCCAGCAGUUCCAACUGGAUUCACUGCUAAAGGUUAUGUUGCAUUUGUGUUUUCAUGUGUUGCUGGUGUUUUAGGUUUAAUCACCAUUUCCAUUUAUGGGUUGAUUGAUAUUUCCAAUGUUGAAGAAAAAGUUGCUAGAGAAUUGGAUGUUGAUAUCCACAAAUUAGCAGCUGAAGAAGAUGAUAGUCUUGCUGGUUCAAAUGAAAAGAAUGGAGCUUCUCAUGGUGUCGGUGUUGUUGAUGACAACUCUAGUGAUUCAGCUCCACGUAAAUAGAUCGUUUUCUUCUUUUUUUUUGUUUAAUAAUGGGUUUUUAUGCAAAGAAUAAU